AUGCCAUUAACACAUAAAUCUUCACCGUAUAUGAAACGGUAUCGUUUACCUUCAUUAAAAAUUACUUCAUCAAAUGUUAGACGAUCACAAUAUUAUGAUGAUUUAAGUUCUCCAGAAGAGGAAGAGUCUGAAAAAAUAUUAUCUCAAAUAUUAAAGUCAAAAAAAGAAUUUGACAAUUUAAAAACUUCUUUAAUAAAAAAAGAUAUAUCAAAUAAUGUUAUUGAUAAUUCGUCUAUAUCUUUAGUAAAUAAGAAAGAAGAAGAAAAAAUUGUUAAAAAUUUUGAUAAUAAAUGUAAUAAUAAUAGUAAUAAUAAUAAUAAUAAUAAGGAACCAUUAAAAAUUGAAAUAGAAAAGGAUGGUGAUAAUAAAAAAAUAGGAGAAAUUCAAAAGGUAAUUCAAAAUGAAAUUGUAAAUUUAGAAAGACGAUUUAAAGAAUUAGAAUUAUUAAUGAAAUUUUAA